GGUAAUAUCGUCCCAUAAAAUCAUCAUCUUGCCCUAGACACUAUCAAGAGGCAACAACCAUAUUAACACACAAAAUCUUACACGUUAGCCGUUAAUCGGCGGCAACCUUUCUCUUCCUCAAAUUCUUCGAUCUGAGUUCGAGAGUGAACGAUGGGAGUCCCAGCAUUCUACAGAUGGCUUGCAGAGAAGUAUCCGAUGGUGAUUGUCGACUCCGUCGAGGAACAAGCGGUUGUUAUCGAGGGCGUUCAAAUCCCAAUCGAUACCAGUAAGCCAAACCCUAACGACAUCGAAUAUGACAAUCUUUAUCUUGAUAUGAACGGUAUCAUUCAUCCUUGUUUUCAUCCUGAGGAUAGGCCAUCUCCGACUUCAUUCGAGGAGGUGUUUGAGUGUAUGUUUGAUUACAUUGAUAGGCUGUUUAACAUGGUGCGGCCAAGGAAGUUGCUCUUUAUGGCUAUUGACGGUGUUGCGCCGAGGGCUAAAAUGAACCAGCAAAGGUCUAGGCGGUUUAGGUCGGCUAAAGACUCAUCUGAUGCGGCUGCUGAAGAAGCAAGGUUGAGGGAGGAAUUUGAGAGGGAGGGAAGAAAACUUCCUCCUAAAGAAGAGUCACAGACUUUCGAUUCAAAUGUAAUCACGCCUGGAACCGAAUUCAUGGCUGUUUUGUCAAUUGCACUUCAGUACUAUAUUCAUCUUAGGCUGAACAACGAUCCUGGUUGGACAAAUAUCAAGGUUAUUCUCUCUGAUGCAAAUGUUCCGGGUGAAGGGGAGCAUAAGAUUAUGUCCUAUAUCCGCCUUCAAAGAAAUCUUGAAGGAUAUGAUCCGAAUACACGACAUUGCCUGUAUGGUUUGGAUGCUGAUUUGAUUAUGUUAGGUUUGGCUACCCAUGAAAUCCAUUUUUCAAUUCUUAGAGAGGUUGUAUUUACUCCUGGACAAGACAAAUGCUUUGUGUGUGGUCAGAUGGGUCAUAUGGCGGCAGAUUGUCAAGGAAAGGCUAAAAGGAAGUCGGGAGAAUUUGAUGAGAAAGGAGAUGCUAUCGUUGCUAAAAAGCCCUUCCAGUUUCUGAACAUUUGGACUUUGAGGGAAUAUCUGGAGUAUGAAAUGAAAAUACCUAAUGCUCCUUUUGAGAUUGAUUUUGAAUGCAUAUUGGAUGAUUUUAUCUUCAUUUGCUUUUUUGUUGGAAAUGAUUUCCUACCACAUAUGCCUACGCUAGAGAUUCGCGAGGGUGCAAUUAACUUGCUGAUGGCCGUAUACAGGAAGGAAUUUAGGGAAAUGGGUGGUUAUUUGACAAAUGGUAGUAAGCCAAAUUUAAGCAGAGUGGAGCAUUUUAUUCAGGCUGUUGGAUCAUAUGAAGAUAGCAUAUUCCUGAAAAGAGCACGAUUGCAACAGCGACAAGUUGAAAGAAUAAAGCGUCAGAAGUCACAAGCAAGAAGAGGCGACGAUGCUGGGCCUCAAGUUCAACCCGAGUCUCUAGUUGCCGUUUCACAAUUCCACGGUUCUCGUCUUGCUUCAGCUCCAACGCCUUCACCGUUUCAACAAUCUGGGCCCACUUCAGUUAGUAAAGGCAAUAAAGAAGUCUUUGAAAGGCCCAGUAAAGUGUCUAGGUCAUCUUCAGGAGCAACUGUUGCUGCUGCAAUUGUUGAAGCUGAGAACAGUCUGGAAAUGGAUGCUCAAGAUAAUAAAGACGACUUGAAGAUAAAGCUGAAGGGGAUACUUCGUGACAAAAAUGAUGUGUUCAACUCAAAAGAUGGUAACGAGGACAAGAUUAAAUUGGGAGAACCUGGCUGGAAAGAGAGGUAUUAUGAGGAAAAAUUUUCUGCUCAAACUCCGGAGGAACUUGAUGCCAUACGGAAAGAUGUUGUCUUGAAAUACACGGAAGGUCUAUGUUGGGUGAUGCAUUAUUAUUAUGAAGGUGUUUGUUCUUGGCAAUGGUUUUAUCCUUAUCAUUAUGCCCCUUUUGCGUCUGAUCUCAAGGACCUUGGUGGGCUUAAUAUUAACUUUGAGUUGGGUACUCCAUUCAAACCAUUUGAUCAGCUUCUUGGAGUUUUUCCUGCUGCAAGCUCUCAUGCUCUCCCUGAGCCGUAUAGGAAACUUAUGACUGAUCCAAAUUCGCCAAUUAUUGACUUUUAUCCAAUAGAUUUUGAAGUGGACAUGAAUGGCAAACGCUUUGCUUGGCAGGGUAUUGCAAAGUUGCCUUUUAUUGAUGAAGUGCGACUUCUUCAGGAAGUUCGGAAAGUAGAGAACUUGUUAACGCCAGAGGAAAAGCGACGGAAUGCAAUAAUGUUCGAGAUGCUUUUUGUGAAUUUGUGUCAUCCUCUCUCUGCGUGCAUUAGUACACUCGACAGCAAAUGUAGAAACAUGUCCAACACUGAACGUGCUGAUGUCAAGGAAAAAAUAGAUCCCAAUGAAAGGGAUACAUGCAGUGGUGGAAUGAAUGGUUACAUAUCCUUAUGUAGUGGAGAACCUUGCCCUCCCAUAUUCAGGUCCCCUAUUGCAGGCAUGGAAGACAUCAUGGAUAAUCAUGUCAUAUGUGCAAUCUUUAGACUUCCAGAUGUGCAUGAACAUAUAACUCGACCACCACCUGGAGUAAAAUUUCCAAAGAAGAUUGUGACGCUUGGGGAUAUACAACUUGAAGCUGUUCCAUGGCAUGAAGAUAAUGGUAGGAGAUAUAACGAAAAUGGAAGGAAAAAUCCAUAUGAAAAUAAUGGUAGUAAGAGAUAUAACGAAAGUAGAAGAAAUAAUCCACCGGGAACCAUUUCUGGUGGGAGGCUUGGAGAGGCAGCACACAGACUCGUUGCCAAUUCCAUACAGGUCAGCUCGGAUGCAAAUAGAUACCAUCAUCCUAAUGGAUCAACCAUGCCUUUUAAUGGACCAAGGGGUUAUAGGCAUUCACACCCUAGCAAUAAUUAUGAAUCGCGCCCUGGCCAUAACUAUGAAUCACGCCCUGGCUAUAAUUACGAGUCACGCCCCGGCUAUGCUGCUGCACUUCAACCGCCUUUAUUAGCUCCUCCACAGUAUGUACCUUAUGCUGCCCCUACCGUGCAGUAUGGUUAUAACCAACCAUACACUCCACCGGUGAUUCACAGUCCUCAUCAACAUCAAUCAAAUUCCUUUCCUAGAGGGGACCAUCAAAACCCUAGAUCCCAUCAUUAUGAAAGAAAUAACCACCAUCUUAAUGGCGGAAAUGCAAGGCAUUCUACAGGCAAUAAUCAGAAUCCUCGCUUUACAAAUACACAAGGUUCAUAUCCCCGUCAAAGUCAUCACGAUUCUGGUCGCCACAGCCAAAACUUCCAACCAUAUAGAAGAGGUUCUGACCAGCAUUGGACUCCACGGGGUAACCCUAGUGGGGAUAGAGAUUAUGGUCAACAUUCAGCCAAUCAUUACUCUCUAUUAGAUAGAGGAGCAGGCAAGAACAAUCGCGGCAAAUAAAUCAUAAUUUCUAGGGAAUAGUUUUACCCUAAUGUAAGCAUUGUUGUAACAUAUUUUUUCAGUCAUUUAGUUCUGGUUUGAAAGUUGUACGACUAAUUUAUUUUCACCGUCCAAACAUCAGAUAAUGUAGUCACUAUUUUAGCAUUUGGAUUGAAGAACAAUUGCAUAAUCGUAAGACCUAAAUUUGAUGACAUUAUUCAA